UUCCAGGUACACGCGGGGUUCCUGUAUGUUUGAGAUGGCGGUCGAGGCAGUGAAUGAACGAUCUGAAUAAAUAUCAUAACAACAAUCCUUGAGCAUUCCCGCACAGAACACGUAUAUUGUUAAUAACUAGUCUUGCUUUCUUAUAACGUGGGGCGGCAUGGAGGGUGGCAAACCGUCCCUUGAGUUGGUUUAUCAGGCCGUGCAGGCUCUUUAUCACGACCCGGACCCCGCCGGCAAAGAGCGAGCCUCUGUGUGGCUCGGAGAACUGCAGAGAUCGAUGUAUGCAUGGGAGAUAGCAGAUCAGCUGCUGCAACUAAAACAAGACGUGGAAUCCUGUUAUUUCGCAGCACAGACAAUGAAGAUGAAAAUUCAGACCUCAUUUUAUGAACUUCCAGCAGAAACGCACAUCUCCCUGAGGGAUUCACUGCUGUCACACAUACAGAAUCUAAAGGACCUCUCUCCUGUCAUUGUCACUCAGCUCGCUCUAGCAAUAGCUGACCUUGCCCUGCAGAUGGCAUCUUGGAAAGGAUGUGUUCACACACUUAUUGAAAAGUACAGCAAUGAUGUGUCCUCACUUUUAUUCCUGAUUGAAAUCCUCACUGUUCUGCCUGAGGAGGUGCACAGUCGGUCCCUGCGAAUUGGUGCUAACCGCCGCACUGAGAUCAUUGAGGACCUGGCCUACUACUCAAGCACUGUUGUAACUCUACUGAUGUCCUGUGUGGAGAAAACUGGGAACAAUGAAAAAAUGCUGAUCAAGGCAUUCCGCUGCCUUGGGAGCUGGUUCAACCUUGGUGUUCUGGACAGCAACUUUAUGGCAAAUAACCAGCUGCUUAUUGUACUUUUCCAGGUGCUGCAAAGGGACGAUACCUCCACCAACCUGCAUGAGGCGGCCUCAGACUGUGUGUGUUCGUCUCUGUACGCUAUUGAGAACGUAGACAACAACCUGCCCCUAGCCAUGCAACUAUUCCAAGGGGUCCUAACGCUGGAGACAGCAUACCACAUGGCUGUGGCACGGGAAGACUUGGACAAAGUUUUGAAUUAUUGUCGCAUUUUCACGGAAUUGUGUGAGACCUUUCUGGAGACGAUAGUGAGGAGUCCCGGUCAGGGAAUGGGAGAUCUACGAACACUAGAGUUGCUGCUUAUCUGUGCAGGACACCCACAAUAUGAAGUAGUAGAGAUCUCCUUUAACUUCUGGUAUAGGCUAGGGGAGCACCUGUAUAAAACCAGUGACCCAGUGCUUCAUGGACUUUUUCGACCAUUCAUCCAGAGGUUGUUGCAUGCAUUGGCAAGGCACUGUCAACUAGACCCUGAUCAUGAAGGAAUACCUGAAGACACAGAUGAUUUUGGAGAGUUCCGAAUGAGGGUCUCAGAUCUUGUGAAGGAUUUGAUUUUUUUGGUUGGAUCCAUGGAAUGUUUCACGCAGCUCUAUUCCACUUUAAAAGAUGGUAAUCCGCCAUGGGAGGUGACUGAGGCAGUGCUUUUUAUAAUGGCUGCUAUAGCAAAGAGUAUUGAUCCUGAGAAUAAUCCGACUCUUACAGAAGUGCUUGAAGCAGUUGUUCACCUCAAUCAGAAUGUACACAUCGCUGUCAGAUACACCAGUAUUGAACUGGUUGGAGAGAUGAGUGAAGUUGUUGACCGGAAUCCUCAAUUUUUGGAUCCAGUGCUUAAUUAUCUAAUGAAGGGGCUGAGAGAGAAGCCCCUGGCGUCCGUAGCUGCUAAAGCAAUUCACAACAUCUGCUCAGUGUGCCGUGAUCACAUGGCUCAGCACUUCCAGGGGCUCUUGGACAUCGCCCGGUCCCUUGACUCUUUUGCACUGUCGGCAGAUGCAGCUGUUGGGCUCCUGAAAGGAACAGCAUUAGUUCUAGCCAGGCUCCCUCUAGAGAAGAUAGCAGAAUGUUUAAGUGAUCUGUGCGCAGUUCAAGUUAUAGCCCUUAAAAAGCUCCUGUCACAGGAGGCAAGUAAUGGUAAAUCUUCAGAUCCCACUGUGUGGCUAGAUAGAUUAGCAGUAAUAUUCAGGCAUACAAACCCUAUUGUAGAAAACGGACAAACCCAUCCAUGUCAAAAAGUUAUUCAAGAAAUCUGGCCUGUCUUGUCGGAAACCUUGAACAAGCACCAAGCAGAUAACCGAAUUGUGGAACGGUGCUGUCGCUGCCUGCGCUUUGCAGUGCGCUGUGUUGGGAAGGGCUCAGCUGCACUCCUGCAGCCUCUUGUUACUCAGAUGGUGAGUGUAUAUCAGGUCUAUCCACACUCAUGUUUCCUGUACCUGGGGAGUAUCCUGGUAGAUGAAUAUGGAAUGGAGGAGGGCUGUCAACAAGGACUGCUUGACAUGCUACAGGCUCUAUGUAUGCCCACUUUCCAGUUGCUGGAACAGCCUAAUGGUCUUAGGAAUCACCCAGACACUGUGGAUGAUCUUUUCCGAUUGGCAACGAGGUUUAUCCAGCGAAGUCCUGUCACACUGCUGCGUAGCCAAAUUAUAGUUCAUAUUAUCCAGUGUGCCAUUGCUGCCACCAGCCUUGAUCAUAGGGAUGCCAACUGCAGUGUUAUGAAGUUUAUGAGAGAUCUGAUCCACACAGGCAUCGCCAAUGACCAUGAAGAUGACUUUGAGAUGCGCAAGCAGUUGAUUCAGCAGGCUAUGUCCCAGAAUGGGCAGCAGUUGGUGAACCAGCUGAUUCACACAUGCUGUUUCUGCCUGCCCCCCUACACUCUGCCUGAUGUGGCUGAGGUAAUCUGGGAGAUCAUGCUCUUUGACCGGCCGACAUUUUGCCGCUGGCUAGAAAAUGCAUUGAAGGGACUCCCUAAAGAGACAUCGGGUGGAGCAGUGACAGUGACACACAAGCAACUCACAGACUUCCACAAACAAGUAACCAGGACAGUACCCCUUACAGCACAGUGCCCCACCCUCAGCAGUGCUGAAGACUGCAAACAUGUGUGCUGGGCUUUAAGAGACUUCACCAGACUGUUUCGAUAGCUAUGCUUGCACAGUCGCCUAAAGACCAGGUCUGAAUUUUGUUUGCAAGAUUGGGAGUUAACAACAUUAGGUAUAGUUUGUCUGCAAAUAAAAAGGGAACUCCCUCAUGAAGGACAAAUGGGAUUUAGUCUACUAUGUAAUGCGCAAAGGACACAUUUCAGCAUUACCGUGACUUACAUGGCUUGCAAGAAUGAAGUGGGGGGGGGGGGGGGGGAGUCCGUCAGGCCUGGUGUAAAGAUGGCUGUAGCCGGGCAGACAGCAUGAAUGGAAGAUUUAUUUCCUGGGGGACUUGUGCUAUAAAAGAAUAAAUAAAUACAUUUGCUCAGCGUUGGUUGGAUUUCUGCAAAUCAAGAAUCCGUCAAAAAAAAAAAAAGAAAUGGAUGUGCCUGGUAUUUAAAAAUAAAGACUUCUGUGAGUUUUUAAAAUAAAAAAAAAAGUAAAUAAAUCAUUUAUUUUCAUGGACUGUCUUGAGAAUGACCAAACAUGGUUUGCUGUCUGUGCCAUAAAAAAUAAAAAGCAAAUCUGAGAUUCCAAUCACGAAAAGACCUUGGGAGUCCGGGCUUGGAACUACAGUUGCCCAUUACCUUUUUAAACAUUGGCUGGAGUUUUUCUGAUCUGAAUCCAGGCUAGACUGUGACAGACUGACAAGCGGACUCUGGCUUUUUUUUUUUUUUUCUUUUUUUUUUUUUUUUUUUCCUCCCUCCUCCAGCAGCAGAUCUGGAAUUAAACCAUGAAAAGAUGGCUGCUGAGGUGUAGGACUUGUGCCGACAUGCUGUUCCAUCUGGUGUUGUAGCCAUCUCAUGAACAAUAAAUAAAAGUGAGGACA